CCGUGAAGGCAGGGAAGAUGCCAGAAGGGGAAAAAAUGAGACAAAGUAAGCAAGAAGAGGAGCAGCAACAGAAAGAAGAGAAGCGGGAGGGUCUCAUCGAAUUCUACAGCUCCUACCAGGAGCUAUUCCAGUUCUUCUGCAGCAACACAACCAUCCACGGGGCUAUCCGCCUGGUGUGCUCCAAAAAGAAUAAGAUGAAGACAGCCUUCUGGUCCGUCCUCUUCUUCCUCACCUUCGGCUUAAUGUACUGGCAGUUCGGGAUCCUCUACAGGGAGUACUUCAGCUACCCUGUCAACCUCAACCUCAACCUGAACUCCGACCGGCUGACUUUUCCGGCCGUGACGCUGUGCACCCUCAAUCCGUACAGAUACAGCGCCAUCCGAAAGCAGCUGGAUAAGCUGGACGAAAUCACCCACCAGACACUGCUAGACCUCUAUGACUACAACAUGUCUCUGCCACAGAGAGACUGGCCCGCGUCGUCCUCACAAAGGCGUAGCUCAAGGAGCCUGCUCCAUCACAUCCAGCGCCAUCCUCUGCGGAGGCAGAAGAGGGACAACUUAGUCAACCUGCCAGAGAACAGCCCCUCAGUGGACAAGAAUGACUGGAAAAUUGGCUUUGUUCUGUGCAAUGAAAACAACGACUGUUUCCACCAGGCGUACUCCUCGGGAGUGGAUGCCGUGCGGGAAUGGUACAGCUUUCACUACAUCAAUAUCCUGGCGCAGGUGCCUGAUGCCAAAGCCCUGGACGAGUCUGACUUUGAGAAUUUCAUCUACGCUUGCCGCUUCAACGAGGCAACCUGUGACAAGGCGAACUACACCCACUUCCACCAUCCCUUGUAUGGCAACUGCUAUACCUUUAAUGACAACAGCAGCAGCGUGUGGACAUCCUCCAUGCCUGGGAUCAAUAAUGGUCUGUCCCUGGUGGUGCGCACCGAGCAGAACGAUUUCAUCCCUCUGCUGUCCACGGUGACAGGAGCCAGGGUCAUGGUCCAUGACCAGAAUGAGCCAGCCUUCAUGGAUGAUGGGGGCUUCAAUGUUCGUCCUGGCAUCGAGACCUCCAUCAGCAUGAGAAAGGAGAUCACCGAGCGCCUCGGGGGCAGUUACAGUGACUGCACAGAGGAUGGCAGUGACGUGCCAGUGCAAAACCUGUACUCAUCCCGCUACACCGAGCAGGUCUGCAUUCGCUCCUGCUUCCAGCUCAACAUGGUAGAGCGCUGUGGCUGUGCAUAUUACUUCUAUCCCCUGCCCAGGAGAGCAGAGUACUGUGACUACACGAAGCACAAGGCCUGGGGCUACUGCUAUUACAAACUCCUGGCCGAAUUCAAAGCUGAUGUGCUGGGCUGUUUCCACAAGUGUCGGAAACCUUGCAAAAUGACAGAAUACCAGCUGUCAGCUGGAUACUCCCGCUGGCCUUCUGCUGUCUCAGAGGACUGGGUUUUCUACAUGCUUUCACAACAGAACAAAUACAAUAUCACAUCCAAGAGGAACGGAGUUGCCAAAGUGAAUAUCUUCUUUAAGGAGUGGAACUACAAGACCAAUGGGGAGUCUCCAGCCUUCACGGUAGUGACUCUGCUGUCCCAGCUUGGGAACCAGUGGAGUCUCUGGUUUGGAUCCUCUGUCCUGUCUGUGAUGGAGCUUGCAGAGCUGGUUCUGGAUUUCAUUGCCAUCACGUUUAUCCUGGGUUUCCGCUGGUUCCGCUCCCGGCAGAAGCUGCCCGCGGCGGUGCCCCCCAUGAACAGCCAGGAUAACGCCGCUUUCCAAGACGAGGCACCGGCGCUCCGUGCUCCCCAUCGCUUCACCGUGGAGGCCGUGGUGACCACGCUGCCCUCCUACAACAGCCUGGAGCCACGUGGGCCAAGCAGGGAUGGGGAGGAGGGACAUGAGUGACGCAGCAGCUUCCUGCACUGUUCCACUGGUGGCUGGCAGCUGGAGCAGAGGCUGCACUCGUUGUCUGUGUUUCCUUCUUUCUGGGGGCUGCACAUGGACCACAGCAAAAGACAGCUCCAUGGUUGGCCUGGGCUCGUUGCUUUCACUUCUGUAGGCACAUUCUUCAGUCUCAUAAAAUACUGUUGCUGUGGGAUCACCGGGGAUGAGAGUUGAUCUAGUGUAUGUGUGGGGGAGAUGUCCUCCAGAUUUCCUUAUGCUCUGUGCAUGUGCACACCUACAUGUGCAGGCAUGCUUUCCUUUCCCUCCAACAAGGAUGCUGCCACAGUUCUGGUCUGUCAUUAAUUAAAGAGGUUUGGCAGGUGUGACUGGCCUCCUCUGUGGUAUGACAAGGAACAGGAAUGGAGUCUUAGCUAGGGUACAAAUCUCUCAACAGGCUGAGCUUCGUUAAGCUUUCCCUAAACUGGUUGCUCUUUCCUCAUUCUUCAUGAGCUCUGAUCUCAAGGCUGUGUCACCUCUCCUCCCCCCAGGAGAGGCUCCUUGAGACAAGAGCCACUGGCACGAUCUCAAUCUGUAUUACGCACAAUGCUCUGGAGAGGUGCUCCAAGCUUGCUGCCACUCCCAGGUCCGGGACAAAACACCCCUGGCAAAGUAAAGGCUCCCUUUUCAAGCUGCCUUUGUGGCAUUGGUAGAUCUUGGAUGUUCCCCCUUCCUUGGGAUACACCAUACAUGUGUACCUCCAGCUAUCUGAUUGUUUGCCAACAGCUCAGGGACAAAUCGAUCUCUACAACUGCUUAACCCUCCCUGCUUUCUUCCUGAGGGAAACAAAAAGUUGGCAGGAUUAUGAACACCCUCCAAAAAUCCCAGAUGUUACCUCUGCUGCACUGGGAUCCUGCAAGAGAGGCUCAGCACAGGUCAUGCAGAGCAUGUUCUGCUCCUCCCAGCCCUUGUCGGGGGCUCCCACAGAAACUCUGCUGAGCCUCUUGUUCCUGAGGGAAGCACAGGGAACUACUGCAGGCUUUAACCAAAAGUGCUGCCAAGGAAAGCUUUAGCCUAAUUGAUUGGACCACAUGGGCAAAAAUGGUCCUGCUCAGGGACUAACUGGGGGACCUUUGUAUAAGCAAACACGUUUCUUGCCGUGAGCUUGCCAUACUCUUUUCUUACAAAUACUCAGACUUCUGCUGCAAUGGUGUUUGCUCAGCACUUUAUGGGGUAUCAAGAGAGCAAGGGUGAUGUCCUUAAAAAACAGGAUUAUCCACUUCACAGGACAAACAGAGAUACCAGAAUUUAAGCAGUUUAGGCAAAGACCUGUGGAACCCUGUAACCAGUCACACUGUGAACAGCCACUUUUGAAUUUAAAAACUACUUAAUCAUAACAAAAGAAAAACUGAAGCUGUUUUAAAAUUUAAGGUAGACGCACUGCCCUUGGGAAGCUGGAGGAGUUUACUGCAAUAUCUAAAUUGUUGCCUAAUUUUUCCCUUUGAGAUGCUAAACACACGCUGGUUGUACUGCUCUUGGCUUGAUUACCUAAAAGCACUUUCCAGUCCCCAGCAGAGAGUGCUUUUAUUCUUCUUCACAUACACAUACAAAUGCUAUGUUCUUUAGUGCACAAAUAUUCCUGCUUUUACAAAUUCUAUCCCAGUGCCCAGCUGAUAAUUCUUGUUUGAAAGUGAAGAUAAUGUUUCUCUGCUAGGAAUAGAAGCUUGUAAUUUGGGAGGUGCCUUCAGCAAAGGUGGCACCCCAGCAGGAGGGAGGGGCCUGAAAAAAGCACUUAGAGGUGUGGAAACAUGUAUUCCUCCUUGGAGGCCUCCCACUAGAAAAAAAAUCAGUGCUUCUGCAAACAUGAAAAAAAAUCAGUUUUCUAAAUGAAGUAAAAAAGAGUGAGCAAUGAAUGAAAUCUCAAAAUUGCCUCUGUGAAGGUGCUUUCAUGUUCUGUAAAAACACUGCCCAAGAGGCAGAGGUAAAAGCUAGGUUCAGUUGCUCAAAGUAACUUUGGCCACAAUUAAAAUACAAAAGGCAGGCAGAUAGAGGAGCUAGGAUGUUGCACCCAGUUCUUGUUCACAAAUUCAGUACUACAGAUUGAUGCCUUGGGUGUUUUCUAGCACAUGAAUGAGCAAAAACCUGACACUGGACACAAAGCUGUUUGCUUCACAAAGCCACCUUUAGAUCAAGAAAGGAUAAAGAGCAGAUGCAACACCUCAAAACAGUCUUUGUAUACCACAAACAUACAGUGAUUCAUAUGGUAAGCAUGAUAUUUCCUCAGUAUCCAAAGAGUAAGACACGAUUCUUCACAGAAAGAACCAUAAAUAACCUUGUAAUAACCAUAAAAUUGAUGAGACCUGCUGCAUCAUGCACAGUCAAGUGGUGAUUAAAGCAAGAUUAAUCAGAGGCAUAACUACUUGAAACAGUAAGUUCUCUUCAUCAAUAAAGAAAUACAGCUGCAGAAGGUGGUGAUGUAUUCCCUGGGGGAAGCUUGAACCACAUCCUAUCUGUUCCAUAAGAGUGUUAAAAUGCAAAAAAAAAUAAAAAGGGCUUUGACUGAUAAACUCAAAGUAAUGGCACCAUUCAGGAUAGCUGUAAAUCCAGAAUUAAAAGCCUGUACAAAUAUGAAGAAGCAGUUAUACAAGUUGGUAAAUAGAUGAGCCCUCCCUGUCCUGUGAAUCAGUGCAAAAAUUGCCAUCUUGGGAGAAAUCAGGGGCUUGUUCCAGAAAUAAUCCCUAUGUUUCUUGUAGGCUGGCAAGACCACAAAUGAGCUCAGCAGAUGUAGAGUGAGCUUGGUCUGGCUGAAAACAAGGGCCCAAAAAUGAGAGUGUUUCACUGAGAAUGUGAAAAAUUAGAGAAAAGGGAAGAAAGCAUGCAGUUUGGGGAUCUGCAGGUCAGCAAAAGGCAAAUUAAAGGUCUGAGCUGGGGUGAAUUUGUACAAGAGGAGAAAGAAAGUUGAGGGGAUGCUCAGUACUCAUAGGUGUGUUAGAGGCAUAGCAGAGUUAUUUUGUGGACAUGGAAAACUUGCAGGAAACAGCUGAAGGUUGUGUCUUUUUGGACUGGGAACAGAUGCCAAACUAUUGUUUUUCCACAAGAAUUAAGGUAAUAGAGGAAAGGCAUGGAAGUACAACAUAAGUGUCUAGGGAAGCUAGAAAAAAAUGAGAGAACCAUCACUUUGGAAAAUAAACAAUGUAUUUAGAAGAACAAAACCCUGCCUGCUGGAGAGCUUGAGAGAAGCUGACCAGAUAGGUCAAGGAUUGUCUGCACAGACUCGUGUCAAACAGAGAAGGAAUUUGAAGAAAGGGUUACCAAGUUCCUGUGACAGGUUCAGUAAAAUCUGCAGGGUUAAUUACAAGCUACAUCAAGAAAUGAAAAGGGCAGUAGUGCUGCUGGUGAAAAGACAGAGGAACCACAGAGAUCAGGAACAGAGGCACAGACACAUUCAGUCACAUUUCUCUGUAUUUAACAAUAUGCAAUAUUUAAAGGGAGCCUAUAAGCAUAAGAGGGGAAGGAGCCUUCAGCUUCCAAGUGCAUGCUUAAAAGCACUGAACUAAAAAGAGCUUAUAAUCUUUAUUAAAUUUUUCAUACAUUUAUGGCAAAUUUAGUUUUAAAAAAUAGUACAAAGGCUUUUGGAAAAGAAGCCUCUGAGGGAAGAGCAUAAAAAGAAAGUUCAUUUAGUCCUCUGCAGAAAUCAUUUAGUGGGUCGGUCUGUGCACUGAAGGAAAGGACAUUACGAGGCUGUUCAUAUUUGAAACCUGGGGAGCAAGUAAGGGUGUUCUGUGUAAGUGUUGUACUCUAUCUCAGGCCAAAAAUAGGUCAAAUAUUAUCAGGAGUGUGGAGGCUUAGGUAUCCAACAGACACGGCUGAGCUGCCUAUUUGUAAAACCUGUAUCUUUAUCUGUUACAUCUCUCAGAGCAAUCAUUUGUUUAGAGGUCAGAACAAAGAUUAAACCUCCCCCUUAUUACCUCCCUUCACCAAGUUAAGGCUUCCAACCCCAAUGGAUACAUCAGAGCAGGGACCUCUGUCACUUCCCAAGGAAGCCAGGUUCAUUAAAUGUGUUGAUGCUGCAUUCCAGCUGUGAAGAAAAAUCUGUCCUGCCUAUCAUCAUUUGGCUGUUCUCCAGCUGAGACAACAAACCCCACCAGUGCUGAGAGCUUGCCCAGGCUCUGACCAGCACAGAGACACCUCAGGAAAGGCCAGAGCAAUGCCUCAGGUAGCUGGAGAUAGGAAGGUUUAGGGUAUAUCCAUUUAGGAGCUGUACAGUUGAGGGUUUUCUUCCACCACAUCUGAAGAUACCAGGAUGCAGCAGUUGAUACGGGAGCUGCAUUUUGCACAGAAUGGUUUGGGUUGGAAGUGACCUUAAAGAUCAUCUUAGCUCCAACUCUCUACCACAGACAGAGACACCUUCCACUGGACCAGGUUGCUCAAAGCCCCAUCCAACCCAGCUCUGGACAUCUCCAGAGAUGGGGCAUCCACAGCUUCUCUGGGCAAUCCAUUCCAGCUCAAAGGCAUGCUAAGCAUGUUCCAUGUUUAAAGGCAGACCUCGACUUUUUAAUUAAACAUUCAAAGAACUAUUCUCCCAGACCCUUGGCCUUGCUUUUGGAGCACAUUUAAAACCCUGUUUUGUCUGGGAUAAGAGAGUGCAGGAGCAGCAGAAAUGCUGAUGCAGGUAAGGAUGGCAUCACAGAAGAGCUUCCAGUAGAAAAUGAUAUUUUCAGUGCCUAACAAAGGAUUUAUAGCUAGACAUGCAAGUCUUUGCAAACAGCCACAACAUGACUCAUGAACUGGGCUCAACCCUGGGGCAACUUUCAGCAGUACGUUCAGCCCCAGCUCUGUGCCCCAGAGCAGCUGCCAGCUUUGGAAAAUGAGCAUUCAAUCCCCAGCUUUGGCUAGAGACUUGGACACUGCAUCAUCAACAGUCCAAAAAUGCAUCUGUCCCAUGAAAACAUCUUCCCUAUCUCCCUACAUGAGUGAGGCUGAGAACUGACAGGAAGGCAACACAGAACUUGGCAGGAAUUGUAGCACGACUCGUUUGUUCAGGUUGUGCAGGCCUGAACUGUGGGGAAUUUUAGACUGUACACGCUGCCUUAAUCCAGCAGCCAGUCCAGACACCCUCCUUUCCCAGGAAGGCUUCCAUCUUUGAAGAAUUAGUCUAGCUGCCCUGCUCCAAAUUCACCAUUGAGAGUUGUUCCAGUGUGCUCACUGUUCUGAAGUGGAUUUUGGUGAUGUUUAAGACUGGACAAGGACUGAUCAUAAGGGAACCAGAAGUCCACAUGUAAGACUGGCUUACAACCCAGCUUUUGUAGCAAUAAAGGCAGAUAAGGGCAUGAGUACCAGUACCUAAUUUUAAAAGAAGUCUGCACUGGACAAAGCUCUGUUAUUUCCUUUUAAUGAGUUUCCAAUGUACAGUGAAGUAGGACAAAGGGGCACUUACCUUUACUCCAGUCAUGCUCCAAUAUAUGUUGUGAACAGCAUCCUGCUCUUGGAGGUCUUCAUUUGGGUCCUGAACUUGUAUUCCAACAGCAAUGGAGAAUUAUUUUCAGGGUUUAAGGUUAUUGAAGUCCAAAGGCAGCACAGCCUGAGAGCCAGAGCUGCCCCUAACACAGUAACACACAGAAGGCAGUCCCCUGAACAGGACACUGGCUAGACUUCAGUGGCUGAAAGUAGAUUUGUCUUGGGCAGACUCUUCCCCCAGAGCUGCUGCUUCUCACACCUUGUUACAGACUUACCAGAGUCAGUCCAGCACAACUGGAACUACCAUCAGUUUACAAUGGAAAAGCAGCCACUGCUUUGAGGGACACAACUUCAGGUAUGUGCAUGCUAUGGAAGUCACAACAAAAAGAAAUUCCAGAAGUUUGGUAUCCCAACCCCUUCCCACUCACUGACAGACCAGACAGACUCAGUAAGGUGGUGAAUUGUGUUUCUUAGAGACCAUUAAAAGUACAUGAGCUGAUUUCUAGAACAUGCCAGAGGAGAUUACAGUUGUAUUUAUAGAGAAGUAAAUAAACUGCACGUGCAUGAGUGGCUGUGAUGCUGUGGGCAGCAGAGUCCCUUGCUUUUACUAAGAGGGCCUUGGUGAUUUGUUUUGCCCAUGCACAGAGACACAAAGGAGGGGAAAGGAAGCAGAGGAGAUGGCAACAUACAACAUCUGAGAGAAAAAAAUGAAAGAGAGAGCCUAGGGGGACCUCAGCUCCCAGAGAGACAGGAGGAAUGGGGCACCAAAGGCUUGUUUAGAAGAGUUCAAGAGAAUUGCUGGUCUGGGGGCCUCAAGCUUGUAAAAGGCUACCCCCUAAAAUGAGAGCAGGAGGUGGCACAAGCAGGCCCUGGCUCCUCUUCAGCAGAUGCACUUCUGACCGUCCAUCCCAUCUCAGCUCCAGGGAAUUAGGGAAGUGCUCAGGGGACGAGGGCUGCUUCACUCCAGAUCUUCAUCUCUGCCCUCCCCCAAGGUGGAGAGGAAUGGAAUUGCAGGGAGAUGAACUCAAAUGAAAAUGCUGGGGCGUGGAAGUGAGCAUGCAAAACCUAGCCCCUUGCCAGGUGUCCUGGGAGGCAGAAAGGGGCUUCCCCAGCACAUCCAGUGAAACAAAAAGCAUCUGCUCCUCCCAUCUUUUGUACUUUGCUCCUAUCUGGGAACUCCAGUGAUGUCCUCCCUGCCUAAAGAGAUCCCAGUGUAUUCCAGAACAGAGGCAGAGCUUUCUAAACUAAAGGAGCACCCUCUUUCCAGUCUAGGUUACAGGCUACAACUCAGAUUGUUAAAAAGAAAAGUUAAAAGACAAGAUACACAUUCCUCAGAAGACUCUACAGAAACAGGGCAGCUCAUUUAACCCAUGUCUGACAACCAUUCAAACAACUCACCACUCCUGUUACUUUUGAUGGACAAGAACAAGGGAAUCACUCACAGAAAGCCACAGCCACAAGUUUACUUCCAUCAGAAACCACCCUGGACCUAAAUUCCAGAGAACCCACAGCAAGUAGGAGCAUUCAGUUUGAUCAGCAAGAUCUCUGGAGGCGUAAGUUGCCAAACUGGGACAUCUGAUGCCACUUUGCAAUAUCCAUACCCAGAGCACCAUUUCCCUUUGAAUCCCCAGCUAACUAUUUCAAUUGUUUUCUAACUCCUGCUGAAAGUUAGGGCUUUGUGGCAGGAGAAACAGAGCAGAUAUUCUUAAUCAGAAAGCCGUGCAGCUCAUUCAGGUUCAUCUGGAAUACCUCCAGCCCCCUUCACCUCUAUCUGCUGUGGCAGGGAGCUUCCUCGACCUUCAACCCAGUCACACAAAAGCAAAACACCAAUUCCCAUUCUGCCACUGCUCCAAAGUCUUCCUUCUGGAAAGCUACAAGACAGUAGGAAGCUACAGGGUCCUGGCUUGUGUGUGCAUAGAUGAAAGGCAUAUUUGACUAAUUGUUGUUUAUUUGUUCCUUGUGGAGAGAGGCUUUACUCCCACACAUGCCUUUUAGAUGGCAGCAAUGCCCCUUUUACUGAACUGUGUUUAGCAUGUUGCACUUGACUGAGGUAAUCAUGUGGGCCCUCCUUUAUAAAAACUGAAAUGGCCAUGUUCAGGCAGAAUAAAUCAUUUCUUCGAGUGCUCACCCCUUCAUGGCUAGAGAAACCUGCAUCACUAGGUGUAGCUUAAAUGGCUCACAGCCACUGGCCAACACAAACUAGCUUUUAUUUCAGAAGCUCAAUGAAAAGCUCAAGUCAUGCUGCCACUCUUUUUAGGCAGAACACUAGAGGCUCUCACAUGCUGCAGUCCUUCAUCCCAAAAGGCACUGUGUUAAGGCAUUCUUAUUUUGCUAGAGUUCACACAGGCACUAUUUGACAAGCUUACACCCAAAAAUAAACACAAAAAGUUCUCUGCAGAAGAGCAGGAGCAAGUGGCUACCCACUCUUCCUCAGCUUCCCUUUCCUCUAAACUUAGAGGAUGCUCCCUAAAGCUGCAGCAGCUAUUGAAAAGGCUACCUAUGUUUAGUAAGCAGCUCAGAGUCCUAUACAGAAGAUAAGUUAAAACCAAUAAGGAAAUCAAUGAGGAAGCUAGGUGAAAGGGAAGGAAAGGAAAAACUCAGAGGCAA